UUGAUUUUUAGAAGAAAAGAAAUGGCCAAGUCAAAGAAUCACUCAACCCAUCACAAAAACAGAAAAGACCACAGAAAUGGUAUCAAAAAGCCAGUCGUCCACAAGAAAACUGGUUUCAAAGGUGUUGAAUUAAGUUUCGCCAGAAAUCAAAGAUAUGCCCGUAUCGGUACUGAAGUUAAAAGAUACGUUCGUGGUGAUUUACAAGAACAAAAACCACACAGAAACCCAAGACAACCAUUAAAGGCCAUCGUCGCUGCUGCUAAAUCCAAAUUAGCUGCCAAAAAAGCCACCGCCAAAAAAUAAAUAAAUAAUAAUAUUAAUUUAUAGGUUUU